CUCAAGAGAGGAUGCCCCCUUCAAGAUGGUUGCUCCAGGGUCCACCCACAUGUCAUCAAGUCAAGAGAAUAGAUGAUUGUCAUGAAGACAAGAGCUGGACUAUUGCCCAGACUGUCACCACUGAUGAUGGACAAGCCUCCAUGCCUUGGACCAGCCUGCCACUGUACUGGAAACAUCCUUCGCUAGCCUCCACUACUAGCCUGGGUUCCUUCAGGACAUCUUUGGGCUCCCUAGACCCCCGCCCAGCCAAUACAGGUUAUUUUGUGAGUUCACCCUCACCCUCAAGUGGACACUCAAGUGAAACUACUGUAGCUGCAGACAUGGCAGCUUCGUCACAUGGAGUUGAUGCUCAGUAUGUGCUUAUGAAAAUGAGCCCUAUCUUUUGAGGUUUAUGAUAAUGAAACCGGCCUGGACCCCGUGGUUUCAGAAAUAGGUAACGAAGUGCUACCUGGGCCGCCCGCCAGGCACCAGGCAGCUGUCAUUCCUUUGGCCUCCAGGAUGGACUACAGACUCUUACCCUCGGCCCCCCCCCCUCCCUUGGGCCUCAUGGGCCCCGCCUUUCCACGUGCCACCGCCCCCGGGUGUUAUUGGCUGUUCUGCCCUGAUGUCUUGUUUAUUAGCUCGUGACUAGGAGGUGGGUGAGGAGUUAUAGGCAUAUCUCUGAGUUCAUUGGUUCGUCAACCCGUCAAUCAUACGGUGCGGGCUUUCUUCAAUUUUCAUUGGCUAGCGAGUUCAGAGGAGGGAUUCGGCAGUCGCCCGGUAAUGGCGGAUGGUGGCGGCUGGCGGCCGCCGCGCCCCUGCGAGACCUACAGCGCUGAAUGGAAGCUCUGCCGCAGCGCGCGGCACUUCCUGCACAACUACUACGUCCACGGCGAGCGGCCAGCCUGCGAGCAGUGGCGGCGCGACCUGGCCAACUGCCGAGAGUGGGAGGAGCGCCGGAGCGCGGAGGCCCAGGCAAGCCAAUUUUUUCAGUUGAUAUUCACCCUGACGGGACCAAGUUCGCAACUGGAGGACAAGGACAGGAUUCUGGGAAGGUUGUGAUCUGGAAUAUGUCUCCAGUCCUCCAGGAGGAUGACGAGAAGGAUGAAAAUAUUCCCAAGAUGCUUUGCCAGAUGGACAAUCACUUAGCAUGUGUGAACUGUGUGCGGUGGUCAAACAGUGGGAUGUAUUUAGCUUCUGGGGGAGAUGACAAACUGAUUAUGGUGUGGAAACGGGCUACGUACAUCGGCCCCAGCACUGUGUUCGGCUCCAGUGGUAAGCUUGCCAACGUGGAGCAGUGGCGAUGUGUCUCUAUCCUCCGGAGUCACUCAGGCGAUGUAAUGGAUGUAGCAUGGUCUCCCCAUGAUGCCUGGCUGGCCUCGUGCAGCGUGGAUAACACUGUCGUCAUCUGGAACGCUGUGAAGUUCCCAGAAAUUCUCGCUACUCUGAGAGGCCAUUCUGGGUUGGUAAAGGGGUUGACCUGGGACCCUGUUGGUAAAUACAUUGCCUCUCAAGCUGACGACCGCAGCCUGAAGGUGUGGAGAACGCUGGACUGGCAGUUGGAGACCAGCAUCACCAAGCCUUUUGAUGAGUGUGGAGGGACAACCCAUGUGUUGCGGCUCAGCUGGUCACCUGAUGGGCACUACCUGGUGUCUGCCCACGCCAUGAACAACUCUGGCCCCACUGCCCAGAUCAUUGAACGGGAGGGCUGGAAGACCAACAUGGACUUUGUCGGGCACCGGAAAGCUGUGACUGUUGUUAAAUUCAACCCAAAAAUCUUCAAAAAGAAGCAGAAGAAUGGGAGUUCUGCAAAGCCCAGCUGCCCAUAUUGCUGCUGUGCUGUUGGCAGCAAGGACCGUUCUCUCUCUGUCUGGCUCACAUGUCUGAAACGGCCUUUGGUUGUCAUCCAUGAGCUAUUCGACAAAUCCAUCAUGGAUAUUUCCUGGACUCUGAAUGGGCUGGGCAUCUUGGUGUGCUCCAUGGAUGGCUCUGUGGCGUUUCUAGAUUUCUCCCAGGAUGAGCUUGGAGACCCCCUGAGCGAGGAGGAGAAGAGCCGCAUUCACCAGUCUACCUAUGGCAAGAGCUUGGCCAUCAUGACUGAGGCCCAGCUCUCCACAGCUGUCAUCGAGAACCCAGAGAUGCUCAAAUACCAGCGCAGGCAGCAACAACAGCAGCUGGACCACAAGAGUGCCUCGGCCAGAGAGACAAGUUCAGCUACCUCAGUUGCUGGUGUUGUCAAUGGGGAGAGUCUAGAAGACAUUAGGAAGAAUCUUUUGAAGAAACAAGUUGAGACUCGGACUGCAGAUGGUCGCAGAAGAAUCACACCUCUCUGCAUAGCACAGCUGGACACCGGGGACUUCUCCACGGCAUUCUUUAACAGCAUCCCACUCUCGGGCUCCCUGGCGGGCACCAUGCUCUCCUCUCAUAGCAAUCCACAGCUACUGCCACUCGACUCCAGUACCCCCAACUCCUUUGGCGCCUCGAAGCCCUCCACAGAGCCUGUGGCGACAGCUGGUGCCAGGCCGGCUGGUGAUACUGCCAGUAAGGACAGUGUGAAUGCUACCUCGACUCCUGCUGCAUCGUCACCCUCCGUGUUAACAACCCCGUCCAAGAUCGAACCCAUGAAAGCAUUUGACUCCCGAUUCACGGAGCGGUCUAAAGCCACGCCAGGUGCUCCUGCCUUGACCAGUGUGACUCCAACAACUGUGGAAAGGUUGAAAGAGCAGAACCUUGUGAAAGACCUGAGGCCCCGGGACCUCCUGGAGAGCAGCAGUGACAGCGACGAAAAAGUCCCUGUGGCCAAGCCCUCCUCGCUGUCCAAGCGAAAACUGGAGCUUGAGGUGGAAACAGUGGAGAAGAAGAAGAAAGGGCGACCUCGGAAGGAGUCUCGGCUCAUGCCUGUGUCUCUGUCUGUCCAGUCCCCAGCUGCCCUGACCGCAGAGAAGGACACCAUGUGUUUGUCUGUACCAGCACCUGCACUGAAGCUGCCCAUGCCAGGCCCCCAGAGAGCAUUUACCCUCCAGGUGAGCUCCGAUCCCUCCAUGUACAUUGAAGUGGAGAAUGAAGUGACUGCUGUGGGGGGCGUGAAGCUAAGUCGUUUGAAGUGUAACCGGGAAGGGAAGGAGUGGGAGACGGUGCUCACCAGCCGGAUCCUCACUGCUGCUGGCAGUUGUGACGUGGUAUGUGUCGCCUGUGAAAAGAGGAUGCUGUCAGUGUUCUCCGCCUGUGGUCGCCGUCUCCUCCCUCCCAUCCUCCUGCCGUCCCCAAUCUCCACUUUGCACUGCACGGGUUCCUACGUCAUGGCACUCACAGCUGCAGCCACAUUAUCUGUCUGGGAUGUUCACAGACAGGUAGUUGUGGUGAAAGAAGAAUCGCUACACUCCAUCUUGGCAGGAAGUGACAUGACAGUGUCACAGAUCUUGCUGACACAGCAUGGAAUCCCAGUGAUGAACCUGUCCGAUGGGAAGGCAUACUGCUUUAAUCCAUCACUUUCUACAUGGAACCUGGUUUCUGACAAGCAGGACUCCCUGGCCCAGUGUGCAGACUUCAGGAGCAGCCUGCCUCCCCAGGACGCCAUGUUGUGCUCUGGACCUUUAGCCAUAGUCCAGGGCCGUGCCUCCACUUCAGGAAGACAGGCAGCCCGACUCUUCUCCGUGCCUCAUGUAGUGCAGCAGGAGACCACCCUGGCCUACCUGGAGAAUCAGGUUGCAGCAGCACUCACCCUGCAGUCCAGCCAUGAGUACCGCCAUUGGCUACUCCUCUACGCUCGGUACCUUGUGAAUGAAGGGUUUGAAUACCGACUCCGAGAAAUAUGCAAGGACUUACUGGGUCCGGUUCACUACUCCACUGGAAGCCAGUGGGAGUCAACGGUAGUGGGUCUCCGGAAGAGGGAGCUGUUGAAGGAGCUACUGCCAGUCAUUGGGCAGAAUCUCCGCUUUCAGCGCCUCUUCACCGAGUGUCAGGAGCAGCUCGAUAUCCUGAGGGACAAGUAGCCUGCCUAGGCCUCCCCUGGCUACAGCAAGGGCAGGGCCACACUCUCGCCGCUGACAACACAGAGGACCACCUCUCACCUCGUCAGGCUACAGAAGGACGAGGAGACACUGGCAAGAGGUGGGCUGUCCCGUGCCAGCACCAACCCAGCUUCCUGGGCAGACUUCCCCUAUUUCCUGGGCCUGUUGCUCCCUCAGAAGGGGGAACCUCUGCCAGCCAGCUCCCUCCAGGACCCCUGUGCAGAGCUGGGGCUGGGGCCCUGCCCUGCUGCCCUGGGGUCAGUGAGGCACUCCCAGGCCUGCCGUCUCCAGCACGGUCCCAAGGUGGACGCUAGUCCCUGCCACUGCAGGCACCGUGCUGCUUCAGCUAUGACGAAUGAGCCAUUUGUGAAAGAGAACCCCGAAAUGUUAGUGUAUUAUGCGGUCAGUAGACUGACCCCGAGACCUAUGUAAAAGGAAAGCCUAUUCCAACACGGACUAUUUUUGUACUAGAAUUUGCUAACUUGUAAUAUGGAAUUUUCCUUUUGGCCAAUAAUCAGGAUUUCCCCUAUAAGUCACUUGGACAUUGGUCACUUGUAGGAAAUUUAAACUCUAAUUAUGACAGCUACAUUGAAAAAUAAUUGUACUGAAAUUAACUUGUCUAUCUUCAUUUGGUUUUAAUUUUUAAAUGUUUGUAAAAAGAGACUGUUUUUUGGGGGAAUGGGGCAGAGGGGUGGGCGAUUUCUUUUGUAAGUGUAAAAUAAAUGAACACGCAUUGGAUACCAAA